GAAGCUCUCGAGCUCACACCACUGUCCCGACGUCCUCGUCCUCAGGCUCUGAUCGACUCUCCAUUCGACGAUAGGUACUCUAUCACGGAGGAACAAGUGGAUGUCAUGUUGGAAGAUCCGUUUGAAUACUCUCAUGGGAGGUACGGAAGUGGAGGAGUUAGUGGGAAGCAGAAGACCAUGCCUGGGUACAAGUUCGCAAACCUUUCACCACCUUUACAAGACGAAAAGGAAGAGCUCAUCGGUUAUACUGCCGAUUUACAUGAAGUCAUUCCUCGACCUAUCAGCGAAGCUAGAAGAUCUUUGUACCCUCCAUCACCCAGACCUGUCAUAAAAGCCUCCAUACUCGAACAACAUCCCGAUAUGAUUCCCCCAGACACACCGUCUGGUGCAUCAAAAUCUUCUCCUUCCACUCCGGUCAGAGCCACUUUUGUGACUCUCUUCUCUCUUACGGAUCACAGAGACUGGAUCAUCAACUUCUUUCCAGGCUUGAUCAUAGCGUGUGCUGCCGGUCUGGUGCCUCCAUACAUGUCACUCGUCGUGGGAGAAGCUUUCGCCGUUUUCGAAGCAUACCCCCUGGAUUUAAGUGGGACUUCGGCUCAACGCGCAGCAUUGCUGCACGGAGUUAGCAACACCUCUAUCAAGUUGACUGUUGCCGGGAUCGUGGGUGUCAUCACGAAUUAUCUCCGUACGGUUAUCUGGGUCCGACAUGGGGAAACUCAUGUUGGGCGGUUACGACGAGCCGUGUAUGACGGCGUUCAGAGAAAGGGUAUGGAAUGGUUCGAUCUUGGCAUGGGUACAAAUGAGACUGCCGAAACAGCUGCAAAUGGAGAGACCAUCGGUGCAGGUGGGAUGAUGUCCAAAUUUACCAAAGAGACGGACGAUGUCCGCAUUGCCACCUCCCAGGCCAUGGGUCUUGUAUGGACCAAUUUGGCCGUCUUCGUUCUCUGUUUCAUACUCGCCAUGAUAAAAUCCCCAGUCCUGACCCUUGUCACGCUGUCAACCAUCCCUCUCCUGGUCCUCGUCCAGAUCAUCGUUCAAACCGUUGUCGGCCCCGUAUUAGCUGGAGAACGGCGCGCGACAGCCGAAGCAUCUACCAAUAUCGAAAGAGCCACCAAUGCUAUCGCUACUGUCAAAGCUCACAAUGCGCAAGGACACGAGUCAGCCAGAUUUAACAAAAUAGCUGACCGAGCCAAUACCAGUAUGGUCCGUCUGGCUGUCGUAUGGGGUUUCAUGUUCUCAGCCACCGGAUUUUUGUCACUUAGCACCUUUGUGGUAGGCUUUUGGUAUGGAGCAAAGCUUGUGCAAGAACAUAAAGUGUCAAAUGGGGACGUUAUGACCGUCUUUUGGGCUUGUCUCAUCGGAGCUGGUUAUCUACAAAACGUCGUGCCUCAACUCACGUACAUUACCAGGGGUAAAAAUUCUAUGGCCUCCCUUUUGACCGUGAUUCAGGAUUCUCCAAGUCGACCAACAUCCACCCUUUCCUCACCUACAUCACCGACUUUCCCCAUUCAACGAGGGUCUAUGCACAAAAAGAUACGACAGACGAGCUUACGCAGAAUCCGACCUCCACGAUGUAGAGGUGAAUUCAACUUUCGUCAUGUUUCCUUCGCAUACCCUUCAAGACCCGAUAAUCCAGUUUUGAGGGACGUUACAUUGUUCGUCCCGCCAGGUGAGACCACGUUCAUCGUCGGAGGAUCGGGAUCAGGUAAGUCGACGAUCGCUCAACUGUUAUUGCGACUUUAUCAACCUUCCGGAGGUGAAAUCACACUGGACGAUCAGGAUUUUCGAUACCUUGAUGAAGGGUUCACCAAAGAGAACAUCGCUGCUGUUCAACAAGGCUGUAUUCUGUUCGACCUUAGCAUACACGAUAAUGUAGCCAUGGGAGUAGCUGGAUCAGGUCCAGAUCCGAAGACUAGCGUUGUGAGGAGACCUCAGGACGUCAGUCGGCAAGAAGUCGUGGAGGCUUGCAAGAUGGCUAUGAUACAUGAUUUCAUUGCAUCGUUGCCGGAGGGUUAUGAGACUAACUUGGGUACUGGAGGAUCACAAUUGAGUGGAGGUCAGAAACAACGAUUGGCAAUUGCAAGAGCCAAGAUACGGGAUCCGACCAUUCUCAUUCUAGAUGAAGCGACUUCUGCUCUAGAUGCAACUUCCCGAGUUUUGGUCUUUGACAGCCUUCAACGAUGGCGAAAGAAUAGAACCACAGUCGUCAUCACCCAUGAUCUCUCACAGAUACGACCAGAUGACUUUGUCUACGUCAUGCAAGAUGGUAUCGUUGCAGAACAAGGGUUCCGAGUUGAUCUUUCACGGAAGACUCCUCUCCAUGGCCAGCCUCUAGGAAUCUUUGCGUCUAUGGCUGCUGAGCAGGCUUCAGAUCCUGUCCCGGAGAAAUUCGAAGAAUAUGUGGACGGCUCAAUGAUUGAAGAAGUCCUCGAGGAUGAUGACGAAAUUCCCGUUAGAGAUCAAAGAUUUUCUCGUCCUCGUACCCCAAGCUUUGGUCCUGGGCUUCGACCUGGAAGUGCCAUGUAUCUUGGGAUCCUCGAUGAUUACUCCAAAGGACUGAGAAGUUCAAGUAUCGAUCCUACCAAACGAGAUUCCCGACAUUUAUCAGUCCGACCGUUGAGUUCUGCACAAAAACGACUCAGCUGGUCACCUCAAGAACUAGACAUUAGAGGAAGUCGACAUAGUCUAUCGCGGGCGGGCAGUCGUUCGAGUGUCAUCAGUACUCGUGUAUCUCGACAACUCUUCCCUAGUGACCCAUCCACUAUUCAUCGGCUCAGCAAUUCGGAUGGCUUUUUACAGCCUCCGAUUCAGAUUGAAAAAGCUCGAGUAUCCCUUGUCCCGUACGACUUUAAAUCCCGAACCCUUUCUCAGAAUCUGGAAGACGAAUUGAAAAGUUCUUCCUUCGAAGUGAUCACCCAUCCCUCUGAAGAAAUAUCAAACAUCAAACCCAAAUCCAUUCCUAGCAUCUUCAUAGUACUAUAUCGAUAUUACUUCACUAUCCCUCGGAAACCUCUACUGUUACUUGGGCUACUAUCGGCCAUCGCACACGGUGUCACCACUCCAUUAUGGGCUUCAUAUCUUUCGAAGUUGAUGCAAUUCGCAGGUGUUGGCGAUUCUUCGUUCGCAUUGACCAAAUACGCUUUGAUCGUCUUAGGUCUCGCUGCCGCUCAGGCAAUCGCGAUUUUCUUCGAGGAGUACUGUCUGUACGCUGUGUCCGGUCAUUGGGCCACAGAACUGAGGAAAACAGCUUAUGAUGGAGUGCUUCAACAGGAUAAAGCGUGGUUUGAUAGAUCAGAGAAUUCCCCAGCGGUUUUGGUACAGAGUAUAAUGAAAGAUACAGAUGACAUCAAGGGAUUAGUGAGCUCUGUCAUGGGCAGAUUUCUAGUGGCGGUGGUCAUGAUAUCCGUUGGGGUGAUUUGGGCUUUGGUAGUGCAAUGGAGGUUAACUUUGAUAGGUGUCGCUUUGGCACCGGUGUUCGUCGCUGUUAUUGUGGGGAAUGAGAGUUUGAUCAGGAACGCAGAAGUGAGGAGUAAAGCGAGGAGAGAAGCUGUUGCCAAGGUGUUUUACGAGAGUAUUGCCAAUAUCCGAGGGAUCAGGUCUAUGACUCUUGAAGGCGUGUUCAGAGAGAAAUUCGAGAUCGACUCCGCUACAGCCCGUCGCGGAGGUCGUCAUGAUGCUUGGCUCGUAGCCAUCGGAACAGGUGCUACAGGUGGAAUGAUUCUAUUCUGUCAAGCACUCCUCAAUUGGGCCGGUGCUAAACUCAUGUUGAAUGGUCAUUUCAACUACGUCAUAAUGCUUCAAGUCUACAACUUAGUUCUAUUCUCACUCACAUUCGGUUCUCAAAUGUUAGAUUUCAUUCCAACCAUGUCAAAAGCCAAAGUUGCAGCAUCAGACUUUCAUCGAUUUCUCAAACUUUCAACAACUGUUUCUGAAUCAUCUGGAACCUUACGUUAUCCAAUAAGUGGAAACGUUACAUUCUCACAUGUUUCUUUCUCUUAUCCUACUCGUCCCGACGUUCUCGUUCUACAAGAUCUCACAUUCUCUUUAUCUCCAGGAGAAUGUAUAGCUAUUGUCGGUCCUUCCGGUUGUGGUAAAUCGACAAUCGCUUCUCUUCUUCAAAGAUUAUACGAACCAACAUCAGGUGGAAUAAAAAUGGAUAGAUUCGAUCUUUCUCAAGCAGAUGUUAAAUGGUUGAGAAAUCAUAUUGCAGUUGUUUCUCAAUCAGCAAAUUUGUUCGACGCUACAAUAUCGGAGAAUAUCGCUUAUGGUUCGGAUGUACCAUUGGGUGAGAUACAUAGAGCUGCACAAGCGGCUAAUAUACAUGAUUUCAUUCAAUCUUUACCGGAUGGUUAUGAUACUCAUUUAGGAGAAAACGCAAGUUUGAUUUCUGGUGGACAGGCUCAGAGGUUACAAAUUGCUAGAGCUUUAGUGAGAAGGUCUAAUGUUUUGAUAUUGGAUGAAUGUACUUCGGCUUUGGAUGUGGAGAAUCAAAGAGCUAUAUUGGAUACUAUCGUUAGGAUCAAAGAUACUCGAACAACUAUCUUUAUCACUCAUAGUCUCGAGGCGAUGAAGAGAUGUGAUAAGAUUAUCUGUCUUGGAGAAGGCAGAGUGGUAGAACAAGGGACUUUUGAAGAAUUGUCCAGGAAGGGUGGGGUGUUCGCACAGUUGAUGAGGACGGGUGAGUGGGAAUAGAGUAUACGUGAUCCUUUGGGUGUUUGUGUUAGCCGAUAGAAUCGGGCCAGGACGGCCGAACCGCCGUUAGAUAAUUACCCCUUCCGUCGAAUAUUUCUCCGUUCAACUUAUCCUCUGAACUUUAUUCGAUCGUCUCUGGUUUUAUGCGUGUGAGUGGAAUGUGAUAAGUAUAGAGACAUGUAGAAUUGAUGCAUGCUCUUUUUCCCUCUG